AUGUUGGCCCCAAAAUUUCUGCUCAUUCAUACAUACAUCUUCCAACUAUUUUUAUUUAGUCCUUUUUUUUUUGUUUGCACCAAUUUUCAAGAUUCUUAUAAGUUGGUUGGUCCGGAAAAAUCAAGACAAGAGGGACAAAAUAAGAAAAAGAAGAUGGUGAUGAAUACCACAACUUCAAUUGGAAUUUUGAGUGUGUCAAUUGUUACUCUUGUUCUAAUGUUGCUGGUUGACUCAAGCCAAAGCCUACGCCCAUAUCAUUUUACCUACCAUGGGAAAGAGACAAACAAGGACAAUCAAAACCAUAUCCACCUUAAGGAAGAAGAAAAAGGAGAUCAUGAGUUAGGAAUGGAGAUGUAUCCAACAGGAUCAAGUUUACCAGAUUGUUCCCAUGCUUGUGGACCUUGUUUCCCUUGUAAGAGAGUAAUGGUUAGCUUUGCAUGCUCCAUUGCCGAAUCUUGUCCCAUUGUCUACAAGUGCAUGUGUAAAGGCAAAUACUAUCAUGUCCCUUCCAAUUGAUCAUCCCGCAUGCAAGAAUCGCCACUCAAAAUUCAGUUUCAAUUGAUAGUGCAUGCAAGAGUCGCCACUCAAAGUUCAGUUUCAUUUAAGUUCCUCUAGUUAUAUGUUUAUCAAUUAUGGUACUACCUAGUAUUAUGCCUUGUUUCAUUUGGAUUAUGCCUGAUUUAAUUUCCAUCAAGAUUUUGGUAGUCCUUGUAAAUAGGAGGGAUUGUAAGAGUUUUGUAGGUUUAGUUGAAGUAAUUAGAAUGUUCUCUUUGCUAAAUUAGUUUCUCCCAAGGCUUUUUGUACUUAAAUUUAUUUGCAUGAGAUAUUAUGCUAGUACUAUUUAUCGAGUA